AUGGAUAAUUCAAUAACAUUAAUAGAUGAUUUAAUGAAUGCAAAAGAACAUAGAAUUACAGGUGUAUCAAAUGCGAUAAAUCCUUCUGAUGCUGUAAAUAAACAAAUGCUUGAUGAGCUAUCUACACAAGUUGAAAACCAAUCUAAUUUAUUAGAUCAGAAAUUUAAUGAAACGUUAACCAUCCAUGAUGGUGUUGUUGACAUAAAAUAUAAUCGCAUA